AUGAAAAGUGACUAUUACGAAUAUCUGCAGAGAUUGGGCAAAGACGAGUUGAUUGAAAUUUUGUACCAGCCACGAACACAUAAAAAAGCGUUUCCAGGUGUUUGCAUGCGAAUGAUUGCUUUAAAGAUAUCGUAUGACGGAAGGAGAUACAGCGGUGUGGCGAGGCAGUUUGGAAAGCAGACAAUUGAUGGAUAUCUUUUGAAUGCACUUGAAAUAACAGGGCUUGGAAGCAAGCUUGUGUAUGCAGGAAGAACAGAUGCAGGGGUGAGUGCGGUGGGAAUGAUUGCAUCAGUGCAGGUUGUGUCGAGGAUUGCUGAUCCAAGCAGAAGCUAUGUGCUUGGCGAUGAAGAUCACAAGGAAUACAGAUACGACUUGAUUUUGAAUUCAUAUCUUCCUGAAGACAUUCGUGUGAUUGGAUGGGCGCCGGUCCCUGAUGACUUCAGUGCAAGGUUUACAUGCAUACAGCGGCAGUACAGGUAUUAUUUUCACAAAGAUGGCCUUGAUAUGUGCAAGAUGCAGGAUUCAGCACAUAGAAUCAAGGGGAUGACGAAUUUCUACUACUUGUGCAAGCAUUCCGACAAGAAUGCUUUGUAUGAACGAAGCAUAGAUGAAUGCCGGAUUGUUGAUGAUGGCGACAUGUAUUAUCUAGAUAUCAAGGCACGCGCGUUUUUGCAUAACAUGGUUAGGAAGAUAAUGUGGGUGGUUCUGAAGGAUGGACGAGGAGAAGCAUACGAUGAGAAGCGGAUCGGCGUAGAAGAACCUUAUCCUCUAGUGUUUUGCAAUGCAAUCUAUCCGGAGGAGCUACAGUUUAUCGUGGAUCCACGCUGCAAGGUACUGUUUGAUCGGCAGGCGAAAGAGAUCCGAGCCAGGUGCAAAAUAGCAGUCUUAAGAUUUGAGCACAGUUGUGCUGGAUCAUCUAUGGAUGGAGAGAUUUAUAUAGUGAAUAAGCCAUUGUAG